GGGCCUGAGUUCAUGCCAAUGAUUAUCUCACAUCAUCUUCAAUCCAGGCGUUGCAGCCCGCGUUCAGCAGCGUCGCUUUGGAUCGUCGGAACUGUGAUGUGUGGUUUGUUUCGGAUGCGGAUUUGAAGUAGAUUGAGGGUGAAUUUUUUGAGUUUCUCGCGAAGAUUUUGUUGAGCGAUUGGACAUUGGUAGGCUUCACACAGGUGGUGAAUACUACGAUUCAACUCGAUCUUCUGGUGGACAAUGUAACUCAAACCCGUUGAUUCAUUUAUUAUGAUGUAAUUAUUGUCAUUUUUCUUAUUUUUCAUGGAAAUGCCAAGCUUUCUAACCAGGUAAGUCUUCGAAGGUUAUUGCGUUUAUGCUGUGGAAUAGACGUGUGCAUUAAAAGAUAUUCUACACCAAUUAUAUUGAUUCUUGUGUGAAUGUUCGUUUCUGAAUUUUAAGCUGGUUUUUUUCCCUGUUGUUUUUGUUUUUGUUUUUCGUUUCAUUUUUAUUUUUUAUACUAUUUGAAAUUGCGUACGUUUUCAGUAUGAUGUCCAUAGAGUUCUAGGGUGAGGUUGGCGAGCUUAUCACUCUAUUAACAUUCUGAGUUCAUUGAAUAUCCUGGUUUUGCAAAAUCUUGUGCGUUACUUCUGUGAUAGUUUUAGCUGCACGACGUUCCGUCUGACACUGCUGUUAGUCAUCCCUGCCGCCCUGCAUGUUGAUGGUAGAGUUUGAUUGAUGUCAAGUUGCAGUGUAACUUAGCAAUUCACUUUAUAAUGCAUGACUUGCCCACAUUUUGUAACACAUGUUCCAAGAUGGACCUUGAUUAUGUCAUAUCCUGAAGCGCACAAAUCCUUGAUUUCUGCGAAAAUUUGCUUGUGAAGAGCGUCACGAAGCAGGCACUGGUGACUUGUUUGUAUCGAGAAUUCCUUUGUAGAAUGCGACCAGUUUUAACUUCUCAGUGGAACGAUUCAUGUUUUGGUAUGCUAAUGCGGUUUUGUUUCAGGCGUUGAUGAAUUGAUUUGAAGAAUCCGAGUACCUGCGUUUUACUCCCGCUGGCGAAUUGGCUUGAGGCUGUUGCGUUUCACGAUGUCUGGCAUGAACAAUAUCGACCACAACACGUCGUCGCAGUCGGAUAUCGAUGAGAUCGAGAGUUUGUUUCACAUUAGCGUACAGCCUGCAGCCCUAGAGGUGCCCCGGUCGGUUCCUCCCGCUCGGAAACCAUCCAGUCCUCCAAGGAUCCCUGUCUCUGCGCCCCUGUUGCCUCCUUCGUUUGUUUCCAGCAGCAACCAAGCGUUUUCUACCCCUGUGCAGUCUGGGCCUACUCCUUCAACAGGCGCAGGGUUUGGUGGAGGUCCUCAGUACAAUACUUUAACAGAACCCGUGAGGGAGACCCUGAAAAGAGACUUGUUGCGUGUGGCUACCAAUCUGAAGGAUGUGGUACUACCGAACCCGUACCGUGAAGAUCCAGGCAAGGCGUUGAGGGAUUGGGAUCUGUGGGGCCCCUUUUUCUUCAUCAUAUUUCUGGCUUUGACGCUGUCGUAUUCAGCUACAGAGAACAAGUCGAAGGUGUUCGCUGUGGUUUUUGCGACACUGUCGGCUGGGGCCAUUGUGCUGACUCUGAAUGUGCAGCUCCUGGGCGGCAGUAUCAUCUUCUUCCAGAGCUUGAGCGUUUUGGGAUACUGCUUGUUUCCUCUGGAUGUGAGCGCGCUAGUGUGCCAAGUGAAUAACACGAAGUUGUUCCGGAGCUUGGUGGUUCUGGUUGCGUUGGCGUGGAGUUCUUGGGCGGCGUAUCCGUUCGUGAGCACGGCAGUACCAUCGAGUCGGAAAGCUCUUGCGGUGUACCCGGUGCUGCUGCUGUACAUAACGGUCGGGUUUCUCGUAUUGGCCAAUGACUAGAAGUGCUUCGGAUUGACCGUUUAAUUUUGGUUGCCUACAUAAGUUGGGCAGCUGUGGUAGUAGAACAUUCAAUUUUCAUUUCAUCAGUAGAUGAAUUUUAUUUGUCCAGCUGCAGAGCGGGAUGAUGGUGCAGACGAGGACUGUUCCAUAUUUGAAAUUGCAGCAAGUGCAAAUGUGGCGCGCAGGUUUUACAUCCCUUGUAGGAGCCUUUCGACGGUGGCCUUGGUGACCAUUUCCUUAUGAAAAUGCUACGUCUCAUGUGAUGUUCAAGAGAACUAUGUACUGGUAGUGCCCUUCCAAAGUCUAGUGAGGUCUCAUUGAGUUGCACAUCGGUGAAUGUUCAUCUGGUAAGAUAUUAGUGUGUUGGGUGUUCUUGAUUAGUGUUAUAACCUUUCAGAUAAUUUUCAUAACUUGUCGGCCAAUUUCUCUUGUAGAAACAAAGCAUGGAGAGUUCUAGAAGUGCAUAAUUUUGUUACCUGUAUGUACAAGUUUUGGUACCAGUCAUACUUGUAGAGUAUGAUCUUCAAGUCCACUUUAUAGUCCUGGAGCGAAAUCUGUAACGAAAGCAUCUGGAAGCUUGCCAGUGAGCUUUGGAUUGGCUGUUUGCACAGCAUUUGGAACUCGAACAUGGCUCGGAUUAUGUUUUAUCUUAUUUAACCCCAA